UCCAAAAAGGAAGCCGUGCGCGCUGUAAACUGACAGCAUCCUCCAACAAUUUGGAAGCAAACCCCCCUUUAUAUUCUUCUUCUUCUCCUCCCUCUCUCCCCACCGUGGGGAUGACGAGCCGGCUGCGAGGAUAACGAUCUGGAAGCAGCACCAUGCGCCAAGAUUUUUGCAAGAGACAAGCACGCCGUGUCCUUCUUCCUCCCCGGCGCUUCUCAGACGCUCUCAACAUCUAAAGAGAAGAAGGGCUGAAGGAAAAAAAAAACCCAAACACACACAAAAAAAAGGAAGAAAACUGCGUUGAGAACAGCCACAGACAUCUUGUUUUCUUCUUCUCCCUCCUCCCUGUUUACUUCUUUCCUCCCCCCCCCUCCCCUCUCCCUCCCUCUGCAACGCUACCCUCUGCUAUAUUAAUUUUAUUUUUGCAUUAUUUGCUCUGCACACAUCUUCGAUGUGAAGGAGGGAGAGAGGAAAAAAAGAAGUGAGGGAAGUGUGCGCAGGCGUCCCCCACCUUGGAAUUACUGCACUGGUCAGAAUAAGUUGCAUCUUCUCUCUCUCUCUCUCUCUCUCACUCGCUUGCCUUCGCUAGGGGGGUUUGGAAAUAAAAUAUAAAUUUGUGUGUAGAGAGAGAGAGAGACCCCCCCGCGAAAUCAUCUGCAAACUUAGGGAUGCUGAAAAGGGGCUACUUUAGGGUUCUGUCGUUCCCCUUGCUGGUGGCGAUGGUGUGUGCACAAAGUGUCAAUGACCCCAGUAACAUGGCAUUGGUGAAGGAGACGGUUGACAGACUGCUGAAGGGCUAUGACAUCCGUCUGAGGCCAGAUUUUGGAGGUGAUCCCGUCCUGGUGGGCAUGAACAUAGACAUCGCCAGUAUAGAUAUGGUGUCUGAAGUCAAUAUGGAUUAUACUUUGACGAUGUACUUCCAACAGGCUUGGCGGGACAAGCGACUUUCCUAUUCAGAAAUACCCUUGAAUCUCACGUUGGACAACAGAGUGGCUGAUCAACUCUGGGUUCCUGACACAUAUUUUCUAAAUGAUAAAAAGUCUUUUGUGCAUGGUGUCACUGUAAAGAAUCGAAUGAUACGUUUGCACCCUGAUGGCACGGUUUUAUAUGGUCUCAGAAUUACCACAACAGCUGCUUGCAUGAUGGAUUUGAGAAGAUACCCACUUGAUGAGCAGAACUGUACUCUUGAAAUAGAGAGCUAUGGGUACACUACGGAUGACAUUGAAUUCUAUUGGCUUGGAGGUGACAGAGCUGUGACCGGAGUGGAAAAGAUUGAGUUACCACAGUUUUCUAUUGUCGAUUAUAAUCUAAUGUCCAAGAACGUUGUUUUCUCUACAGGUGCUUACCCCAGGCUUUCCCUCAGUUUCAAGCUGAAAAGAAAUAUUGGUUACUUCAUUCUGCAAACAUAUAUGCCCUCCAUCUUGAUCACCAUCCUUUCUUGGGUUUCUUUCUGGAUUAAUUAUGAUGCGUCUGCUGCACGAGUUGCUUUAGGUAUUACCACGGUACUUACUAUGACUACAAUCAACACCCAUCUCCGGGAAACCCUUCCAAAGAUCCCCUAUGUAAAAGCUAUUGAUAUGUACCUGAUGUGCUGCUUUGUGUUUGUUUUUUUGGCCCUUUUGGAGUAUGCACUGGUUAACUACAUCUUUUUCGGAAGAGGACCACAACGGCAAAAGAAGAUUGCAGAGAAAGCAGCUAAAGCCAACAAUGAGAAGAUAAGAUCAGAAGACAAGAUGGAUCCACAUGAAAAUAUUCUCCUAAGCACACUUGAGAUUAAGAAUGAAAUGAGUGCUGCUGAGAUCACAAUGUGCAUCGGUGAUCCCAGAAGUACCAUGAUGCCAUAUGACACCUCUGGUAUUCAAUACAGGAAGGCAGGAUUGUCCAGGCACAAUUUUGGAAGGAGCGCCUUGGAAAGACACGUAGCCCAAAAGAAGAGCAGGCUACGGAGACGUGCUUCUCAGUUGAAAAUUAAUAUCCCGGAUUUGACUGAUGUGAAUGCCAUUGACAAGUGGUCACGGGUGAUAUUUCCCCUUGUUUUUGGAUUUUUCAAUGUAGUCUACUGGCUGUAUUAUGUGAAUUAAGAUGAAGAAUGUGCACAGACAGUAUCUUUCCACAUUUUAUUUGUUUUGCAACAAGGUGGAACCAUCGUUUUGAAUAUGAGGUUGUUCAGAACAAAAUUUGCAUGCACUUUAACUCCUAAAUGGCUGGCUCUAUCGAACUCUUCAUUGAUUAAGUUCUGAGAAUUGAAACAUUUAGCUGUGUCUGUGAUUCUACUUAUCACAAUUAAGUUAUAGAGUAAUAUUUUCCUUUUUUUAAUAAUAUAUCUGCCUCAGAUCAGUCCAUAUACCUAUCACAUCAAAAUGUGUUUAUUUAAAAACGAUAACAUAGCUAUAAUUUUUCAUUUAAGAGCAAGAACCUCUCUCUGAAUUUUUAGUUAUGAUUAAGCAGUAACUUUAACAACGUUUUCUAUCAUUUAAGCACGUUCAACACAGUGCUAGUUUGUCAAAGCAGCCUUGUUAAAGGCUGAGAGACAACGAUGCAUGCAAGGUGUCUAAGAGCUGCUAUUCAUUUAAAUGAAAACAAAAUAACUGUUCAAACUGAAGACAUUAGGACACAAAGUUUAGAGUGGACCUUCAAAAUAAUGUUAGAACUCGAGUCUGCCUUUUACAGAAUUAUGAAAUUACAUUUAAUCCAAAUCCUGAAAAGAUCUCAUUUGUAUACACAUUACAAAACAUUUCAACUGAAAAUGUUGAUCGUGUUAAAUAAUAUGUACAUUGCUUUUUUUUUUAAAUUAUUGUCAUUAAUACAUUCAAGUUAACAUGGAAAUAAUUGACCCCAUUGACUAUUGAAAAGGUGAAAACAUAAUAAAUGCCUCAUGUACACUGAAGGUCCAAUUCAAUAGUAAAUUCCCAAGUUACAAAAGAUGGUCAGUCGUUAAGUUAUAAAGGUUGCAGACUUAUUACGACUAAGUGAUAAUUUGUUAACCCACCACAAAGAAAUCUAGGUCUUGAUAAUUAAUAGCUGACCUGUUCUUUGCUCAAUGUAGAAAGGAAGGUGAAAUCUUUCACUGAUCUUUAGCUAGGGAAAUCCAAGGGAGGAACUGUUCAUCCAUCUAUUUGUGAGAUUUGUUGAAAAUAGGUUGAUCUGUGGGUGCCCAUCAUAAUCAGAAAUAAAAAAGCACAUUUUGACUUUAUAAUGGAAUAUUUACCAGUGAGAGUCAAUGAUGGUGCAACACUUUUCUCUACCGCUGCCAGAAACAAUGCACUCAUAAAAUAAUAUCAACCUUGUGUUUUAAUAUUUUUAAUAUACCGCAGCAUAAUAAUGUUCCAUAAUUUAUUAGAACAUAUAUUUUUAUUUUAAUGAACUGUAGGUGGUUUCUAAUCCACCAAUUCUAUUUUCCUUCUACAUAGUCCCAUGUAAUGUGUCAAAUAUAAUUACAGAAGAAAUUAUGGCCUUGCAGAAAAUACAUUUAUGACUAAGGUCAGCGUGAAAUGACUUUAAAUUGCUUAGAGUUAAAUGCAUUCUACUUCAUAUAAAUCUUCUAGUUCAUAUAAAUCUAUCAUCACGGAACAUUUAUAGAGGAUUUUCAGUUCAGUUUCAUGUAUUGUAAAAAUGAGUUUCAUGUAAGCUUUUAUAAAAGAAUGUGUUGAUUUUGUAAUGUGUCAAAACGUCACGUCUGUAAACCAUAUUAAUCUGUUAACCAGCAAACAGAAUGUAAUUAGUCCAUUGUUAUAUAGGUGUAACAUCGGUAAUGUAAACUAGGCAGGUAAUUGAUAUUCAAGGAGGCAUUACCAAGUGCAGAAACUAUUUUUAUAGUUAAGAUUAUUUUGUACACUCAAGGAUCAUCUACGCCUGAGUUAAGAUCCAGUGUAGAUAAGUAGAGAAUGAAAAGCUGUGCUGUUGUGGGGACCAGAAUGUUCACAUUAUUCUCUCAUUAUCUGAAUUAGAAUCCAGUGACUUUAAAGAUAAAUAUACCUGAAUUUCAGGUCAUCUGAAUGGUGUAGCUAAGCACAUUCUACAGUAUGUCUUUUGGUAAGUGAGUGUAGCUUUAGUGUGGUGGAAAAAAAUCAAGUCCUUUCUUUUGCUGAGAGACAAGUUUUAGUGAUCUUUCACGAGCAUUAGUCUAUCAAAUUCCUUACUCGUCCAAAUCCAUAAAGCAGACACUCUUUCUGACUGCAUUAAUUUUGCAUUCGCAUCAGCCUCCUUUUUUCACAUGGAGCCAGCUAUUCAGGCGUUAUGUGUUUUAAGAGCUUGAAAACACAUUAAUAUAAUUACACCAAUUGUAAUGUGAUUCACAGCUAUCUGUAAAUAUAAAUAAUUUGUGGACAGGGAGUAUAUUUUCUAGUUAUUCAUCCAUUAUUUUAAUUUAGUUUCAAUGCUUUACAAAUGUUUACAUAAGCAAUGCUCUGUGUUUUUCUUCAGAAUUACAAAUAGAUUGGAAAUGGGUAACUCUUAAAAUCUCUUCAAGCAUAUGAAGAUAAUUGUAGGCACAAAAUAAAGAUGAAACAUUUGGGUACAUUGACAGAGCCAGGGAUUUAGAGUGCAUGCCAAUAUGUUCUUGAACUGUGUUCCGAAGAGUUGUUUAUGCAACUCGGAUCUGAUUCUUGCACCCACAUAACCUUAGAUCUUGGACAUAAAAUGAAGGAAACUUCAGCACCUAAAGUUGUUCACCCAAAAUUGAGUAGCAAAAAUGCUUCGAGCAAGUACCAAUGUAAAAGAUUUUUAUGGAUUCCAUGCAUUACUUAAAAUAACCUCAGUCUAUUUGUAAACAAAUGAAAGCAUCAAUUCUCUACAAACAUUUCACAAACUAAUCAAUCUCUCCCGAUACACAAUACACCAAAAUGUUCCAUGUUGCAGUUUUGGUUAACAAAAGGAAAACUAAAGAAGACUGAAGAAUAGUUUGGCAAUUUAACACCAACAGUUGCUAGCACUUUUUUUGCAUUUCUAGAAGGUCAACUUGAUUAUACAGAUAGAUUGUCUGAUUUGUGAUAUUUAUCUUCAUAGUAUUAACAGAUUGGUAGGUUUUGUUCCUGGUGUUAGAAACUGCCAAAUGCAGUUACACCAUCAGUUUGCACAUAGUUAAUUUGCAAUGUUGUUGGAAGGAGUGAAUGUACUAAAUAAUUGACUGAGAUAAUGAAAUCAGCAAGACAAAGAAUGUUGGUAAUACUCAGCAAAUCAGUCAACGCCUGCAGAAAGGGAAACAGACAUUAAUAUUUCAGUUCAGAAGACUCGUCAUUUAGUCGGAGUUCAACAUGAAACCCUAACUGUUUUGCUUUCCAUAGAAGCUGCUUGACUUGUUGAUUGUUUACAGUGUUUUGUUUUUAUUUCAGAUUUCCACCAUCUACAGUUUUGUUUAGAUUUUCUUUCGUGAGACAAAUCUACUGAACUCACAUCGCUUAAAGUUAAAAGUAGAAAAUGUCCUUCUUAUAAUUGAUAUAUUUGAUUUUUUUUCCAUAUUGUGUGUGAAUAUUAUGCAUUUCAACAUUGUCCACCAGCCAGCACAGCUGGAGUUAGGCAUCAUAGAGAUUGUCAACAACAAUAAUCUGAACACAGGUUCACCAACAAAAUAUUGUUGGAACAAUGCAGUAUCACAGAUGCCAUAGUUCUGACGACUUAUUGUGCUGGUCUCUGGAUGAUGAUAUAACUUAGGUAGAAAGAAGAAAACAGGUGUCAUGGGCCUGCACCUCAUUUGAGGUAUCUACAUUCUCUAAAGAAUGGAACCGGAUAGCUCAUUUUUCUUACAUAAUUUUACAGGCAUCUAGUAAAAAUUCUAAUCCAUCAUCACCCUUAAACAAGUUCAUCAUGACCUUGAAUAUGUUUUCAUCAAAUAAACAGUUCUGAAUGAAUAGAUCUAGCAUUAAGAAAAUGGUAAGUAGCAGCAAAAAAAAAAAUUAAUAAUAAUUUAAAAAAAUUUAAAUGAAUUAGAUAUUUGCUACUUAACUUUUUUUUACUAAUGCAGUGGAUAUUUUGUUUCCUUUAAUAUUAAUUGGCAAAUGUAUAGUUGAGAAUUGAUUUGAUUACUUAUGUAACACAUGGUGUACUAAUUUUUUUUUUAAUUGAAUGUGGCUAAAUAUGGUUAGCCAGAAUGUAUUCUCCUUAACCCCAAUCAUGAUUUACUAUCAAAUAACAAAUUAACUACAAUUCCAGGACAGUUUUUAUCUAGAGUGAAGUAGCGCCUUUUUUCAGAACCCAUAUAUCAAGAAGUGUGAAAAUAAUGUCAAUAUAGUGCUCUACGGAUUGUACUUAUAGGUUUUUUUAAAGAACCUUUUUAUAUACUUGAACGUUGGUAAAAAUCUACAUUAUUCAACAGUCCUUUCAUCCUUUACCCUCAGAAAUUCUUUCCCCAGACAUCUCAACUGCAGUUUCACAACAUCAAAACUGUACCCCCGAUGUUAGGAGAAACACACUGAAUUGAGUUUCUUCCAAAUCACAUUUCUUCCUAACUGAACUGGUUCAACAGAUGACUGUACAUCUGGCUAUUACAUAUACAGUUGUUCUAUAAGACCUAAUGUUUAGUGGCAGGUCCAUUCAUUCAAUACCUUCUAUGGUGCAUAGUGCUAAAAGACAGCUCACCCUGAUUUUACAUGUAUAAUAUUAAAUAAUUAAAAUCAUAUUCUAUCGGAAAUAUACACCCUAAUUUUGAAUCCCUUCAUUUGUUUGGAUUAUCAACAUCAAAUCCAGAAGUUAUUGCCCCUUCAAAAUUGUUGUUGAGAAAAUGGUGAGAAGGCACUGCCUUGAACUGCUGCAGACCUUCUGGUAGCAGAGUUCAGGAUUUGAUGAUGAUUUCAGUGGUGCUGAAGGAAUAUGUUUCCAUGUCAGGAUGGAGUAACAAGUGGUGGUGUUCAUGUGUUCCUGAAUGCUUUGCUCUCCAUGUGGUCGAAGGCAGGGCUUUGGGAGGUGUUGUUGGAGUAAGGUGAGUAUUGGCAGUUUGCAGAUGGUACACUUUGCAACUGCUGUGCCCUCUAGUGGAGCAGGGAAUGGACAUGUAGCGUACAGGAUGAGGUACCAAUUAAGUAGACUGCUUUGUCUUGGAUAGUGUUGAGCUUCUUGAGUGUCAGGAAAUGCUCUCAAGCAGGCAAGUGGAUAGUGGAAAGGCUUUGGAUGAAGAUGUGCUCCGUCUGUUGAAUAAUCUUUGUUCUGUUUAGCAUGAGUAGUUCAUCUUUACCAGAUUCCAUCACCUGGUACUGCUUCCAGCAUAAUUCUACAAUUAUGGAAUCAGGACUGAUCCCCUGAUCAGUUAGCAUGAGUGAAGUGAGAGAUUUUCAUGAUUUGUGGGACAACAGAUUGUAAUGUACAUUUCUACUACUAUUUGAUAGGUCGUUCACAAGCUGCCAGAGUCGAGGCAGGGACUAUCCCAACGUUUAAGAAACAAUUAGAUACAUGUAUAGGACAGGUUUGGAGGGAUAUGAGCCAAACGUGGGCAGGUGGGACUAGUGUAGCUGGGACAUGUUGGCCAGUGUGGGCAAGUUGGGCCGAAGGGUCUGUUUCUACACUGUAUCGUUCUAUGACUCUAUAACAAGGAAGCACAUAGAUUGGGAACAGAGAGGAGCCCUGAUUCAUUAGCUGAAUAAGUACACUAAGUAUUGGAGUAACUCAGUGGGUCAGGCAGCAUCUCUGAAGAACAUGGAUAGGUGACGUUUCAGGUUGGGACCUUUCUUCAGACUGAUUGUAGGGUGGGUAGGGGGAGAAAUCUGGGAGCGAGGGAAGGCAGCACAAAACAUGGCAGAUUUGUAAGGUGAAAGUGUGCGAUACAUAUUAAUCAAGUAGUUAUCUUGCUCAGGUGCCUUUGGUGCAUGGAUGUCACUGUAUUGCUCCCUCUGGUGGAUCAAUGUGACAGGACAUGGCCAUAGAUUGUAAUGGGGGAGUGUUGCAUAGUUUGUCUGACCAAGUUAAGAUGUGCUUGACAGCUCCCCAAAUUUAGACACUCGUCUCCAGCUGUUUGUUUUGCAAAGUCAACGGUUCUAUGAGCAACAUUGUAACAUUCAGUGCCUGAGAACAUCUGGUUGUACACUCUUUGUUACAUCAUUUCAAAGAGCAUUUAAAUAAACUGUUAGUACAAUCUUGAUUCUAGCCAUCAGGUCGGGCUGGUAUAUUUUCUCCCCAAAGGACAUUUUAAACUGGUUGGCUUUUUUAAUGGUGAAGAUUACAAAUGACUGUCUUUUUUUUCUUUUUAAUUCCAUGUUCUUAUCCAAAUUUAAAUUCCACAACUGCCAUCAUGGGAUUUGACUUUGGAUCUCUUCCCUGUUCCUUCAAGACUAAUAAUUUAACUAAUACUUAAUUUGUGUCACAUUUAGAAGAACCCUUCUCCACUCCCAUUACUAGGUCAUAGUGACUAAACCUUUUUGAAAUCAUAAAAUAGUUUACUAGUUUUAAUAGAGAUAUGACAAAUGACUAAAGUCAAUGUAUUACAUGUAUGGAGGGAUUAUCAUAGAAUUAGUCAAAUAUGUGGUUUCAAAGCAAUUGUUUUGCUACCAUUACCAUCUAUGCAUCUACAUUGAUGUUUUCCAUUCAGUUUCAUUGUCCUACCAUUCUCAAUAUCAAACUUACCAUAUUUGCAGUCUCAUUUACUGCUGGGAUGAGCAUUUCUUUCCGCUCAGUAUCAGAAACUGCACAAAUAUUGAUUUUGAAUCAUAUUCUUCAGUGCCCAAAUAUAAAAUCACAUUAUUUUAACAGAGAUUAUAACUAGAUUACACUGGUUGAAAGUAUUCAGAUUAUGAUAAAAACAGACCAUCCAACACUUUGUUCUAUCUAAAAACACAACAUUUCAAAAGCUUUAGCUGGAUCUCUUACAAAAUUUUAUUUCUUUUAAUGUGUAUCUUUGGAAUCAAAGAUUUUGUUUACAAAUCAUUACAAACAUAUCAAAACUGGCCAAUUAUAUGAAGAAAGGUUACAAAUUACAAGGCAGGAAUGAAUUCAAGGAAGGAUAUUCUAGUAGGAGAAGUUAUUUAAUCGUAAAAUACUUGUCACCGGUCCACCCCCAGUGUUCAAUUUUGUUCAUUGUCAGCAACUGUUUUUAGCUGAAAAAUAAUCAGCAGUUGAAGAUCUCCUUUCUGGGGCACUGUAGGUUGAAUUUCAUGAAAUGCAAAUUCUGCCUAUAGCAAACAAUGUCCAUCUUUGGGGAUCACAUUUUGUAGUUGGUGUCAAAUCGCAGGAAUUGAAAUUGCGACGUUUUACCUUGUUCUCUGCAGAAAGCAAAACCUCAUAAGGACUUGCUUUGUGUGACUUCAAAUUUGUUUGCAAAAUAGAUCAACUGUACUUACUUCGUGAAAGCCAAUGGACAUAAUCCAUAUGCUUUCCUUAACAUAUAUCAACAUUCAAAGUUCUUGUAAUUAAUAUAAUUAAAAAUUGCUAACAUCUAUGGAAGAGAUGGCAUCUUCUGGCAUUACUUUACAGCAAAAGGUGACUUGCAGAAAUUCUUAAAGGUUAUGAUCGCUACAUUUUUACAGCUUAGGAUUUCAUAUUUUAUGACACUUCACCGAAUGUAUAUAGUAUUAAUCUUGUCAAUGAUCAUCACUUGAGGAUGAACUCUUGUAAAUAUAAGUAGAUUUCUUAAAACAUUUUUAACUUCUAAUUUGUAUUUUAAUGUAAUGCGAAUGCUAAAUCAGCUUCAUGGUAAAGCUAAAGUGUUUAAAUAACUAUGUAAAUAUUAACAGAAGUAUACAAUUCACACUUGAUGGGAGAAUAACUUUUGUUUUAUUACGUUAGAACAAUUAGUAAGAUAGCUAUUAAUAGACUUUUUUUUCUGGGUGGGAUGGGGAGUAUUUUAUUUCUUGCAGUAGUUUACAUCAGCCUUACUAUAAGUUGAAAAAGAAAAGCCUUUUCUGUCUUUGCAAUAUGCACAUUUUCCAUAGGAUGAGUGGACACCAUCAUAUCAAUAUUUCAUGACCACUAUUUUGAAGAUUAUUAAUGUUUGAAUAAGAAAAACUAAUUGAGGGAUGUUGAUAUAUUAAUUAUAAAUGAUUUGGGCCAUAAGGAAUAUUUUCAUGACAAAAUUUUUCUGCAGCAAAUUUCUGCAUGUAAAUAUUAACAACUGUUGACUAGUGUGUAAUUCUUCACAGCAGAAUUAAUGCAAUAUAAAUAAAGAAAAUUUUAAAUGGACAAAAUAUGGAUUCUAUACUUUUUCUG